UUGUUCUCCUCCUCUCCUUAUUUUCCUCCCCUUCUCUCUUUUUUUUCUUCCUGCGCCGUGUUCUGCUGGGGACUGGUGAAUGGCAGCCAAUGGGAGGGUUGAGUCCCCUCAGCCUUUCAGCCUCCCUGACAUCCACAGCGAGAAGUGAUGCAGCGCGACUGAGACGCGCAGUUGAGGUGGAACAACGGGCAACACAAGCUGCAGUGAACGGAUACACUUGGCUCCGAAGCGCGCAUUCGCAUCCCAGGGAAACAAUUCCUUCCUAGAAUAAACUUCAUUAUCAGGUGCUGUUUUUCCGCCCCAUGUGACUGAGAGGAGCCUUCUCUGCUUCAAUAGAUUACAGCAUGUGGACUGUUCCGAUACUCUGACCAAGAACCACUAGACAUAGACCACUGCGGGGGGAGAAGAAGGCUGUGGUGGUGUGGCCAUGGAUAGAAGGAGAGUUUGCGUAUUGAUGGUGCUGUGGGUUAUGGCCCACCUCAGCUCUCCUGGUCACGGGCUCAGGGCCCUUCGGAGAACUACAGGGGGGCACAAGGGGGCCGCAGGACUGACGGGACAAGACGCCAAUGGAGUGCCGCUGAGGCGAUCCAAACGUGGAUGGAUGUGGAACCAGUUCUUUUUGUUGGAGGAGUACACCGGGUCUGACAUGCAGUAUGUCGGAAAGCUUCACUCGGAUUCAGAUCGAGGAGAUGGGAACACGAGGUACGUCCUCACAGGGGAGGGGGCCGGGUCUCUCUUCAGGAUAGACGAGAAGUCUGGGGACAUUCACGCCACCAAGAGGCUGGAUCGGGAGGAGAAGGCCUACUACAUCCUUCGGGCCAAGGCCGUCAACCGCUUCACCAACGAGGCGCUGGAGGGGGAGUCCGAGUUCAUCAUCAAGAUCCACGACAUCAACGACAACGAGCCGCGCUUCACCAAGGACCCGUACACGGCCAGGGUCCCUGAAAUGUCUGACAUCGGCACCUCCGUGAUUCAGGUGACAGCCGCAGAUGCCGACGACGCCACCUACGGGAACAGCGCCCGCGUGGUGUACAGCAUCCUGGAGGGCCAGCCAUACUUCUCUGUGGACCCAGAAACCGGCCUGAUCAAGACCGCCCUCCCUGGCAUGGACAGAGAAGUGAAGGAAAACUACCAGGUUGUGAUCCAGGCUAAGGACAUGGCGGGGCAGAUGGGGGGGCUCUCCGGCACCACCACGGUCAGCAUCACACUUGCAGACGUGAACGACAACCCGCCACGCUUCGCUAAGACCGUCUAUGAGUUCAGGGUUCCUGAAUCCUCCGAUAUUGGUUCUGCUGUGGGAGUGAUCCGGGCCAUGGACAACGACAUAGGCGAGAAUGCGGAAAUGGAGUACAGGAUCAUCGGGAGCGACGGCCCCGGCAUGUUCGAUGUCACCACCAACAGGAGCACACAGGAGGGGGUCAUCUUGCUGAGAAAGCCUCUGGACUUCGAGAGGAAGCGACAGUACAGUCUCCGUAUUCAGGUGGAAAAUUCCCACCUCAACCCUCGCUUCUUCUCCGUGGGCCCCUUCAGGGAUGAGGCGACCAUUAAGAUCGUGGUGGAGGAUGUAGACGAGCCGCCCAUGUUUGAGCGAGCCAGCUACGUCAUGGAGGUCAAAGAGGACAUGGCCAGGAACACCACCAUCGGCUCCGUCAGCGCAUCUGACCCCGACGACAAAAACAGUCUCGUCAGGUACUCUAUUGAUCGACGCACGGACAUGGACAGAAUGUUCAACGUCCAUGCAGGGAACGGGUCAGUGUUCAUCCUCCGGGAGCUGGACAGAGAAGAGAACGCCUGGCACAACAUCUCCGUCAUCGCCACAGAGUUCAACAACCCUCGCCAGAUCAGCCGUGUGCCCGUUUACAUCCGAGUGCUGGACGUCAACGACAACGCUCCAACAUUCGCCACCAUCUACGAGACGUUUGUGUGUGAGAACGCUAAGGCUAAUCAGAGGAUACAAACCGUGAGCGCCACAGAUCCUGACGAUCCACUCGGAGGACACCGGUUCUUCUUCAGUCUCGCCCAGGAGGCUGCUGGGAAGGCCAACUUCUCUGUCCGUGAUAACAAAGACAACACGGCCUGGAUCCUAACGCGAAGGAACAGCUACAACAGUCUUCAGAUGAGCAUCUACCACGUGCCUGUGGUCAUUUCCGACGGGGUGUUCCCCAUGCAGAGCAGCACCAACACGCUGACCGUCAGAGUGUGCUCCUGCGACCGCGAGGGCAACAUGAAGCUGUGCAACGCCGAGGCGCUCACAGCCAGGGCGGGCCUCAGCACGGGAGCCCUGGUGGCCAUCUUGCUCUGCGUCAUCAUUCUGCUCAUGAUCGUGGUGCUGUUUGCUGCCCUGAGGAGACAGAGGAAGAAGGAGCCUCUGAUCAUCUCCAAAGAGGAUGUCAGAGACAACGUUGUCAGCUACAACGAUGAAGGGGGCGGAGAGGAGGACACUCAGGCCUUUGAUAUCGGCACACUGCGCAACCCAGAGGCCAUCGAAGAGACCAAGCAGCGGAGGGACAUUGUCCCCGAGACCUUCUUCCCCCCGGUCCGACGGCCCGUGCUGCCCCCGAUCCGGGACCACAACGGGGACGUGAGAGACUUCAUCAACCAGAGGCUGCAGGACAACGACAGCGACCCCACGGCGCCGCCCUACGACUCCUUGGCCACCUACGCCUACGAAGGGACCGGCUCCGUGGCCGAGUCCCUCAGCUCCCUGGAGUCGGUGACCACCGACGGAGACCAGGACUACAACUACCUGAGCGAGUGGGGCCCCCGCUUUAAGAAACUGGCAGACAUGUACGGGGGCGACGACAGCGACAGGGAUUCCUAACGAGAGCCUGGCACAAAGACAAGGAGAGAAAAAUGUCAAUGAAACACACAUUUUAAACUUUCGGGCAGUUCUGGUGCAUGUGUGGCGAUAAAAAUGGCAAAAAGGACCAAGAAACGCGCACCGUUUGUCCACGUGUCGUCUCAACGCCACCGCUCACCUUUCAGUUGUCUCCGGUGACCAGACGUAGGCUUUGUGUGUCCAGUCAGUGUUAGUUGCGUUUUGCCUGGGUGAAGUGAAAAGAGACUUUGUGUCAAGACAUUUUCUGUGUGUAAGGGUGUACAUGACGCCCAAAUAUAUCUAUACCAAUAUUUUCUUUUUCGUUUGUUUUUCAAAGCUGCGUGUGAUGGACACUUUCAACAAGCAGUUUUGUAAACCCUACAAAUAUGCCUAUGUAUUUUUCAGUGUUUCUGGGACAAAAACAUGCUGCAUAUUGUGAGUUCUAUCUUAGCUCGUGUAUGUACGGUAAUACGAUACGCUGUAAAGUUGUUUUUUUUUUAAAGGGAUUUCUAUUGUCCAAAAGAUCCCUUCUUUAAGCGAUGGCAUCCACAGCUCAGCUUGAGCAGGAAGUGCCGCACAAUCGUCCUCUCUGAGAAUCCAGAUACAGAUUGGAGGGAUGAAUUUUCAAAUAGUGUUGUGGAACAUUGCUGUUGACAAGUGGCUAAUAAAGCAUACCUGAAGCUGGUAAAUGUGGAAUUUAUGGCAACAACAUACAAAAACCAUAAUUUGUGAUUAUCAUCUCCACACAGCUGUAAACAAUAUGCUGUAAGGUGAGCCAAAUACCAAAUAUUACCUUGAGCUGAAUGUCUUGAUUUUUCCAGUUCACCCAACAGGCUGAAAAAUAAAUAAAAAACAGUGUUCAAUUCUGAGAUAAACUGAUAACCAAUCUAAGAAACACGAGGCUCAGUUCGAGGGAAAUGCUGGUCUGAUUCACUCAGUACAGCAUGGUGUAAAUCUAAAAGUCACAUGCGCUGUUAUGAUGCAACAUCCUGUGACCAUUAAAACAAUUCACUCAAUGUUAUUUUCGUAUCCGUACGUGUGAUGAAGAAACACGGCGAGAUUUGACUUCAUGUACCAAGCUGGAAGAAUGAUAUUUCAAUUAGAAAUUCAUACAAAAAAAUAAAUCAUGUGUUUAAAUGUAAACUGUCCAUAUGUAAAGCUUUUAUACUUCAUUUGAGAAAGUAUAAACGGAUGAAAUUGAUCAAAAGAAAUGCCUUAAAUUAUAAAAGUAAAACUACGCAAUGAGAAGUGGCCUAAAAUGUUGAUUACCCUUUUGUGGGUGGUCGGAUUAUAAUAAGUCUAAAAAACAAACCUACAGCAUAAAGCAAGGGUUUUUCUGAUAAAGGUGUUGUGUGUAGAGGAGGCUCCGCCCACAGUCGAAUGUAUACAAAUGUAACAUAGCAGUUUUUGGAGAUGUGCCAAAAAGCAAAGAGCACCAGUAUUUUCCUUUUAAAAUGACUCCUAAUCAUGUUCACCGCCCUUCAUUACAUGUACUGUGUGUAGUGUUGAACAUGGAGCUCUCCCAGCUGAUUUCCUGAGGGACGGACAGCCUCUCCUGUCGGGCCACUGACCCAGAGCGGUGUCCUCUGGAGAAGGUCAAACCGUUAUCCUGCAGCGGGAACACACAACAGUUUAGCUUUUAAUGUCAAAACAGAACCAUUUUUUAAUCACUAUUACUUCAAGAAUUAAACAGUAAUGAAAUGUAUUUCAUUACUGGAGGCUUGGAGGGUAAAAUAAUAAAAGCUAUAACAAGCUUUGCCCUCACUUUAGCAAAAGGCCUACAUGGGAGGAGGCAAAACAUGUAAUAACAAAACAUAAUGGUGUAAUUUUUCACAGUCUGUACUCCAAAAGAGGCUUUCCAGAGCAACACAUUUAACAAUGUAAUUGACAGUGGUUGGACAAUUCUUUACGCUCUGCUAUUGUAUACAAGCACUCGUUUUUACGCCCCCUUGUUUUUGUUUAUUAGCUUGUUGCUGUGGCUCCCAUUAUAAGUGGCCAUUUCAGACUGCGGCAGUGUUGCUGUGAUAAGCAUUUAAUGGGGUUAGAAACCCUUCACUCUAAGGAAUCUGCUUCUCUGCCUCAAGGUACAAUGCGAGGUCUCAAAUGGACAUCAACGUGACAGCAAGCACUCCACAAAAGCAUUUGUUUCCCUUCACUAUUUUCUGUCUCCAUACAGGGUGUCAGCAUAUCGCCAUUACAAAGACGUGCUUGUGUUUUCCUAUGGAGAGUAUAAUUGCCUCCAAGCAUUGGCGCCAUGCUCAGCUAAGAUAACGGAACGUGUUGCACAUUUGAACGUACCGCCAUUUAUGUUCUUUCUUUAAAGUUGAGAUGGUGAUGUCCUCUUUCUCCAGAUGCGGUAGAUCUGUGGUUGUUGAUGUGUAGACUCGGGCUCACCUCUACAACGGUAUACUGUGUUGUUGACAAUGUGAUUGAGCAGUGGAGUUUUGUCAAUGUAGAAACAGUUUGAGAGGUCGUGGUAGUGUAAGGGCCCUUCAUCAUUGGCCAUUCAUCAAUCUGCUUUGUAAAACGUGAUAUUUUGUACUGAAUAUUUAUAUGACACGAUUAAAUAUCUUUAAAAUCA